GGCUUAUAUACAUUAAAUUCCACUAACCUUUACAAAAUUCCAAGCAUAAUUCCAGUUUCCAACAAACCUUAAUAAUACCACCUCUCGCCAAUUAAGCCUCACAACUCACCUCCUUCUGUCUCUUUUCUCCCGCAAAACACCACUUCAACCAUUACUCUCCGCCGGAAAAAUCCAAUUUUCCAGUGGUGGCAACAUAACUUAACUGUUAUUUUCAUCUGGGUUCUCUUCCUUUUUGUACUUUAUAGGGUAGAAAAACAAGUUUUAGUACCGUGAUGACGGUGGCAACGCCGAAGAAGGCUGCUUCGAUUACAGAAAAGGUGUGGAAGAAAGUCUACGGGAAUUAUAGCGCCAGCAGUGGUGGCGCGAAUCAUCAUAAUAAGUGGUGUUCAUAUGAAAGUGAGGUUGAUUUUUAUGAAGAUGAUGAUGAGACCACCAUGGAGCUCAUGCAGAUUGGUGCUGAAAGGACUAAAAAUGUGUUGAUUCUUAUGAGUGAUACCGGUGGAGGUCAUCGAGCUUCCGCUGAAGCCAUUCGUGACGCUUUCAAAAUUGAGUUUGGCGAUGAAUACCGGAUAAUUGUGAAGGAUGUGUGGAAAGAAUACGCGGGGUGGCCAUUGAACGACAUGGAGAGAUCAUACAAAUUCAUGGUGAAACAUGGACAGUUGUGGAAGGUAGCAUUUCACAGCACCUCUCCUAGAUGGAUUCACAGCUGGUAUCUUGCCGCUAUGGCUGCCUACUAUGCCAAGGAGGUGGAGGUUGGUUUAAUGGAGUACAAGCCGGACGUUAUCAUAAGUGUUCAUCCUUUGAUGCAACAUAUCCCUCUGCGGGUUCUUAAAUGGCAAGGUCUACAGAAGAAAGUGAUUUUUGUCACAGUUAUUACAGACCUUAAUACCUGCCACCCGACAUGGUUUCAUCCCGGGGUCGAUAGAUGCUACUGCCCAUCACAGGAGGUAGCAAAGAGGGCUUUAUUGGAUGGCCUAGAAGAGACUCAAAUUUCUGUUUUUGGCUUGCCCAUUCGACCUUCUUUCGCCCGUGCAGUUCUUUCCAAGGAUGAUUUACGACAAGAACUUGAAAUGGACUCUAACUUGCCAGCAGUACUACUGAUGGGAGGUGGCGAAGGGAUGGGUCCUGUCAGGAAAACUGCAAGGGCUCUGGGAGAAUCUCUGUUUGAUAAAGAAAGCGGGAAACCAAUGGGGCAGUUGAUUAUCAUCUGUGGCCGUAAUAAAACUCUUGCCUCUUCACUGCAAUCUGACGAAUGGAUGAUCCCUGUUAAGGUUAGAGGGUUCGAGACACAGAUGGAGAAAUGGAUGGGCGCUGUUGACUGCAUAAUCACAAAAGCUGGACCUGGUACAAUUGCAGAGGCAUUGAUCAGGGGGCUUCCUAUUAUCCUCAAUGACUACAUACCGGGACAAGAAAAGGGCAAUGUACCGUAUGUAGUAGACAAUGGGGCUGGUGUUUUCACCAGAAGUCCAAAGGAAACAGCUAAACUGGUGGCAGAAUGGUUCAGCACCAAGACAGAUGAACUCAAGAGAAUGUCAGAGAAUUCACUUAAACUUGCACAACCGGAGGCAGUAUUCAACAUUGUAAAGGACAUUCACGAACUCGCCGGCCAACGAGGGCCUCUAGUCAGCGUACCUUAUAUGUUGACAUCUUCAUUUACAAGCUUAAUCUAA